AUGACAAAUCCAAUGAUGGCUGUGAACCCUCUAUUGAUGGCAUCGGGUCAGCAGAGGAUCCCACUGAUUCCUUCACCAUUUGGACCUCCAUUUGUGGACAGAGAUGCUUUGCCUUCUGUUGCACCAACUGACCCAAGAAGGUUUUGUGUUCCUUCCCAAUUUGGAUCAUCUGUUCUACCAAAUAUGCCCAAUAUGCUGCCCAAUCAUGGCUACUCAGGUUGGGGCAUUUUACCAUCUGAAUCGAUAAAGGCAGUGACCAGAAGGAAUGAAAUGAUUCAAAGGCACCAUACUGCCAGAUCAGAACUAGAAAUGUAUACUAUUUACCAGCAAAGAAGAAUGGAAAAAAUGAAUGCCAAGGGACUAGCUGGCCUAGGGGUACCAUUUCUCUACAGUUCUAGCUUCCAGGCCGGCUCAGCCACUUAUCAUGGCAGGAGCAUGCUCCCUGCCAGCAACCUGCAGUUUCACAGAAGUGCCCUCAGGCACCUUCAGGAAAACCCUGUUCUCUUGGCAACCAGAUCACACAUUAUAGAGAGGUGGGGGCAGAAAUAUCGACCCAGGAGAGGCACAGGGAAUCAGAAGCCUCUAGACAGUGAUACCGAGAGUUCCAAAAGUCAAGCAGAAGAAAAAAUCCUAGGCCAGAUGCCUGCAAUUCCCUAUGAAGAAGAUGAGUAUGCAAAAGACUCAGAGAUUGAAGUAUGCCACAAUCAGAAGUCAAGUGAAACCAACGAAAAGCCAACACCACCUCGUACCAACCCCCGUGGAGCUCUCCAGCCCAGCCAAAAAAACCCCUGGGGUGUUCACACCACUCCCCUGGAGGCAAAGGCCUGGGACUGUGGGAAGGAGGAGGCUGCAGAGCAGGGAUCUGAAGACUGUAGUGAAGAGAAUGGGGGUUGCGCUUCAGUUCCUCCACCACGUCUGUCAGGGACACUCGCCCUGGUUCCACCUGAGGAAAACCUUCCUUUGGAUGCAGAUAUUCAGAAAUGGACCGUGGAUGACGUGCAUGACUUCAUCAGAAGCCUGCCAGGCUGUUCAGACUAUGCCCGGAUAUUUAAAGAUCAUGCAAUUGAUGGAGAAACUUUGCUGUUACUCAGAGAGGAGCACCUUCGAGGCACCAUGGGAUUGAAGCUGGGACCAGCACUAAAAAUUCAAUCGCAGAUAUCUCAGCAUGUGAGAAGUAUGCUCAACAAGAAAACUCUUUCACUUUCUACCCAUACAAGACAAGUGUUGGAUCAACCAGCAGAUACAGCCCCUCUUUUGGAUUUUAAUUCCUGGAGUGAUACAUUAAGCAUUCCUUGUUCUCAGGAUUAA